AUGUCUUCCAAUAUUGGCCUUGUAGACGAGUAUCUGGCCAAAGGAACAUGGAAGACCGCCGAGAACGCCAACUCUACCUACUCCCACCAAGGCCUCAUGCAAUACGUCUCCAACCAAAUCAUCUCUCAAUACUGGCUCGAAAAGAUCUACACCGGAGAAAUCCGACAAUAUGACCGCGAGAAUCGCUUUCAUAUCCAUGAUCUCGGCUUUCUAAGCGCGUAUUGCUCUGGCUGGAGCAUUGAAGAUAUCCUCCUCGAAGGAUUUGGCGGCGUUGAGAACAAGAUCCAGUGUCGACCUGCGAAACAUCUCAACACCGCGCUUAACCAGAUCGUCAAUUUUCUGUUUACGCUACAAGGUGAACUUGCUGGUGCUCAGGCUCUGUCCAGCUUCGACACGUACCUUGCGCCGUUCAUUCGCAGCGAUAAUCUGUCUUACACCGAUGUCUUCAAAUAUAUUCAGAGCUUCGUUUACUCCCUCAACGUCCCGACCCGAAGCGGGUUCCAAGCCCCGUUUACGAACCUCUCACUCGACCUCAUUUGCCCAAAACGACUCGGCGAUCAAUGCGUUAUCAUUGGCGGCGAGUUGCGAACCGAUUGGGUGUAUAGUGACUUUCAGGAAGAGAUGGAUAUACUCAACAAGGCAUUUGCUGAAGUCAUGAUGCAAGGCGAUGGAAACGGGAAUAUCUUUCCUUUUCCUAUUCCGACUUAUAAUGUAUCGGAUGGGAUUGAUUGGGAAUCGCCUCGGUGGCAGAGCAUCUGGGAGAUGACGGCCAAGUAUGGUGUUCCGUAUUUCGCCAAUUUCAUCAACAGUGAUCUCGAUCCUGAGGACUUUCGGUCCAUGUGUUGUCGCUUGAGGCUUGAUCUAAGUAAACUUCACUGCAGAGUCGGUGGACAAUAUGGCGCAAGUCCAUUGACUGGCUCUAUUGGCGUUGUCACAGUCAAUCUGCCGAACCUUGCUUACCGAUCGAAUGGUUCGAGAGAGGCGUUCAUGGCAGAGUUGACCAGCACGUUGAGAGUGGCCAAGGACUCCCUGGAGAUCAAGCGGAAGCUUGUGGACAAGAACUCGACCCUUUAUCCCUACGCCGCUCAUUACCUAUCAGCUACCAAGCAUCGCACUGGGUCAUACUGGACGAAUCACUUCAGCACCAUUGGAGUCAACGGUAUGAACGAGGCACUCGUGGAUCUUCUCGGUGAAGGUAUCGGUGAACAAAGAGACUUCGCCCUUGAAGUUCUAGAGUUCAUCAAGGACCAACUCCAAGAAUUCCAGAAAGAAACAGGUAACCUGUACAACCUCGAAGCCAGUCCCGCAGAGAGUACAUGUUACAAGUUUGCCAAGCGCGACAAGGAACUCUUCCCUGAUAAGGAGAUUCCCACUUACUACACAAACUCGACGAUGUUACCUGUCGACACGACAGAGGAUCUCUUCGAAGCCAUGAGCCAUCAAGAAGAACUUCAAUGCUCUUACACUGGUGGCACUGUCUUUCAUGCGUUCCUCGGUGAGCAGUUACCAAGUUGGAAACUGGCUAGAGAUCUGAUCAAGACUCUCACCGCACGCUUCCGCAUUCCAUACAUCACACUAACUCCAACCUUCAGUAUAUGUCCGACACACGGAUACAGAGCGGGCGAACAACCAGAGUGCACAGUAUGCGGAGAGUUGACGCUAGUUUACUCGCGCAUCGUCGGGUACUUCCGACCUACGAGGGAUUGGAAUCGUGGCAAGUCGAAGGAGUUCGUCCAGAGGAAAGUAUACAAGUAUGAGACUGGCCUCAGCAAUGAAAACAAGCUUCAGGAAUUGGAGAAGCAAGUCGCUGCGAUUCAAGAUCUUCCUGUGGCUGGAUACAUCAAGAGUACGCUUAGUGACUACCCCGGCAAGAUGCAGGCUUCCAUCAUGUUUACAUCCCGGUGCAACCUCGCCUGCCCAUGGUGUCACAACGGUCCGUUAGUCCAAGGAGAAUGUGACGACGUUACAAUUGUAGACGUCUUCCGUCACAUUACGUCAACGUCUCACAAGUCACUCGUUGUCUCAGGCGGUGAACCCACCAUCCACAAAGGUCUCAUCCCCUUCCUCAGAAUCCUCAAAGCCGCUGGGAUCAGCGUAAAGCUCGACUCAAACGGUACAUCGCCCGAUGUCCUCAAGCAAGUGCUCUCCGAGAAUCUCAUAGACUUUGUUGCGAUGGAUAUCAAGUGUGCUUUGGAGAAUUACAAGCGUGUCACGGGUAAAAAGGUCAAGCCGAAGCUUCUUGAAGCUAGUAUUGAUCUCAUCAAGAACAGUGGAGUACCUUAUGAGUUCCGCACGACUGUCGUGCCAGAGUUGAUUGAUGUUGAGGAUCUGUUUGAGGCGAAGAGGUUGUCCGGAAAGAAGUUGACGAUGCAGAGGUUUAGGAAUGGAGGGACGUUGUUGGAUGCGAAGUUCAGGACGUUUCAGGAGCAUACGGAUGAGGAGUUUGAUAAACUGGUGAGUCAGGUUGCGUAA